AUGGAAAAAUUUAGGAAUGCAUUGGAUGAUGGGGGUUUGAGGGACCUCAGAUGGAAAGGAAUAAAGUACACUUGGAGCAAUGGGCACGGAGAUGAGACUUUCAUUAAAGAAAGACUGGAUCGAGCUGUAGCAAAUAUAGAGUGGAGGAUAGGAUUUGAUGAGGUCCAGGUGGAGACAGUUUUGGCUUGGUGUUCAGAUCAUCUGCCUAUACUCUUAAGUUGUUCAAGGGGUUGGAAGGACAAUAGAAGAUAUAAGAGGUUUUUCAGAUAUGAAAUGUGUUGGGAUAAGGAUGAGGAUUGUGGGAAAGUAAUAGAGAGGGCCUGGAAGUAUCAAUCAGGAGGGGUUCAAAACAAACUUAUUUCUUGUAGACAAGCUCUGUGCCAUUGGUCUAAGGAGGCAGAUGAAAAAAGGAGUGGAACUAUAAAGGAAUUGACUGAUAAGCUAAAGAUCCUAAAAGAAACUGAGGGUCCUGAGAAGAUAACUGAAAUUAAGCUGAUUAGUGGGAGACUGAGUACACUGCUUGAUCAAGAGAAUGUUUGGUGGAAACAGAGGGCAAAUAGUCACUGGCUGCAACAAGGGGACCGCAAUACCAAGUAUUUUCAUGCUUGUGCAACUCAGAGGAGAAAAAAGAACACCAUUGUGGAAAUCGAAAAUGCCCAGGGGCAAUUGAUGAAGGAAAAAGCAGAUAUUGAUGAGGCUUUUAUGGGUUGUUUUUCUGAACUCUUUACAACAACACACCCAUCCAUCCGUGAGAUUGAAGAGUGUAUUUCCUCCACUGACUCGAGGAUUAAUGAAGAUAUGAGAGGGGAGUUAGAAAGGGAUUUCUCCUUUUAG